GCAUGCGCGCUGAGCCCCGGCGCUUCCGGCCGUCGGCUGAGGCGGCUCGCCCUCCGCCGGUAGCCGCGGCGGCAGGUCAGAUGGGCUGCUUUUGCACAAAAUGAGCCGUGGAAUUUUCAAUUAGCAUACCCCCAAAGCCCCUCUAGGACGAGGCUUUGCAGGCAGCAUGGCCACUUCCCCAGGCAGCUCUGCAGGGCCUCUGCCAGACCCAGGAGUGGCUGUGUGGGAGUGGCAGGAUGAGCUGGGCCGGUGGAGGCCGUACCGAAGCGGCGUGUGCAGCUACAUCGAGCAGUCCUUCCAGGCACUCUUGGUGAAGGGGCGGCGAUCGCUGGGCGCGUGGCCUGCCAAUGGCAGCAUCCCUUUGGGGCAAGCCGAUUCCACCCUGGCCCCCUACGUCAUCGACAUUCAGAGCCUGACACAGUUCCGACAAGAUACAGGAACCAUGCGUGCGGUGCGCCGACACGUCUUCCAGCUGGAUUCCGCGGCCGGGCAGGGCAUUGUCUGGGAGUGGCAGAACGACGAAGGUGGCUGGUUCCCUUACGAGAUGAGUGUCUGCAACUACCUGGAGCAGGCGUUCAGCUUCGGCAGCCCCCAGGUGGAUCUGGGGCCCUUUGGGUACAACUACGGGAUUGAUUUCGUGUCCCAGACCCAGACCAACAAGACCACUGGCUAUCAGCGGCGGAUCAGGAGGCGUGUGGACUCGCCGUACCCGGUCGCCACCGCCCCGGGGCCGCCUCAUACCGGGCCCACCUGUUCCUGCCAGCAGUGCUUGCUGAACAGUGGGACAGGCCCCAUCACCUCGCGGUAUCGGCACUCCAUGGUGAACCUUCCCGGGCCUUCAGCCGGAACCAUCCCAAGGCCCGCUGCGGGAGUGCAGGGGACCAGCAGGACAGCCGGAGUGGGGACCUCGCUCGUGGGCUUCAUGCCUUACAGCAAGCCAGGCCUGUCGGGGGCACGGUCGAUGCCAAGGCUAAACGCACACAGCACGGGGGCAGUGCCGCAUCCUGCAGCCAUGGGUGGGCCGAGCCCCAUGCAGGCCGCACCCAGAGGAGCCAGCAUACCGAAGCUACCGGUGAGCAUGACAAGACCCAGCAAAGUGACCCAAGCUCUGGCAGGCAUGAUGGCCUUUCUGAUGUCCGUCCCUGGAUUUCCUGUGUGCCUCACCCAGGCACCUCCGCCUGCCAGAGCCCGUAGAGCCUCUAAAAAGCUCUAUUCAGUUAAGGAGGGGAGGAAAGUGCUCACCAAAGCUGGCCCCAGCAGCCCCGAAGCAGUGGUGCAGAAGUACUUGGAGGAGCUGAAGGAGGCCCCUGCCGAUGAGGACUGCAUCAUCUGCAUGGAGAAGCUGGGCGCACCAUCAGGCUACAGCGACGUGUGCGAGAGCAAGGCGAUCCCACCGGAGAGCGUGGGGAGGCUGGCCCACUGCAGCCAUGCCUUCCACGUGCUCUGCGUGCUGGCCAUGUACACCAGCGGCAACAAGGAUGGGAGUCUGCAGUGCCCCUCCUGUAAGGCCAUCUACGGCGAGAAAACGGGCACGCAGCCCAACGGGAAGAUGGAAGUGUCUGUGCUCCCGGAGUCUCUCCCAGGGCAUGAGGGCUGUGGCUCGAUUCAGAUCGCGUACUACAUCAGCAAAGGCAUUCAGGGCCCCGAGCAUCCCAACCCAGGGCUCCCAUUCACGGCAAGGGGCUUUCCACGCUACUGUUACCUGCCGGAUAAUGAGAAGGGAAGAAAGGUGCUGGAGCUGUUAAAGCUGGCCUGGAGGAGGCGUCUGAUCUUCACCGUGGGGACCUCCAGCACGACGGGCGAAUGCAACACCGUGGUUUGGAACGAGAUCCACCACAAGACAGAAAUGAACUCCAAUGUCUCGGGCCACGGCUACCCAGACCCCAACUACCUGGACAACGUGCUGGCCGAGCUGGCAGCCCAGGGAGUCACGGAGGACGGCUUGAGACCCUGAGAGGGCAGCCUCCGCCUUGGACGGGAGUGGCGGCAGGUGAUGGCGUGCCCGCUCCCUGGAACAGGGGCACCUCCCGAAGGUGGCCGUUGCGGUGGCCACCACCGGCCCCGUUGCCUUAAGUUCGCCUGCCCUUUUUCUGAGCAAUAACGUCUUCUCUGGGAUCGUCCAACUUAGCCGUGGUGAGAAGGCCGCGACACCCAGCGUUUUGUAUAUUUUAAGGGCUCUGGAACCUGAAUGUACACAGUGAAACCUUUUCCCUCCUGGGAGAGAAAUGCAUAAAAGGAUGGCGGCCCCCCUUUAGUCUUGUCUCCUUCCGCUCUGUGGUUGCAGCUGCGUGUGGGUUGGAGUGCCUGGGAGACGGGGAGCGCGUGCCACCGCUUCCCUCCUCCCUCUUUCCAUCCUGUCUUCUCCAUCAAAGCUUGGCACUGCAGAUGCUCUGCAGGGUGCCCCCCGCCUCCUUCAAGGCACAGCUUUUCCUUGCUCGGGGGCUGUGGAGUUGGUCCAGGUGCAAGGAAGCAGAAUUGUGCUCUGGCUAUGCCUUCAGUCUUUGUGCCGACAUGGAAACCUCCCCGCGGCAUUUGGAGAUGGCUUUAUCGAUCCCUGUUUCUUCGGCGUUGAUGAGCCCCUUUGCCCUCAUUUCAGGCGCUGUGAACUGGAUGGGUCGUGCUCCUAUUUCACAGAUCUUGGGGGAGUGUGGGGAAGCUCUGGCAGAGUUGUAGCUUGCAUUCAGAGUCAGGAUUCCAUGACCUGAAGUCUAACAUUCUGCCGAAAGCGUGCUGGCUGCCUAUAAAGAAGUUAUUGGCAGCAUUCUGUGCAAUUCAGAAUUUUAAAAAAAUUAAAUAGAAUCCUGCACCAGGAAAAGUUGCGUUCUGCAAUGUGCAUAAAUUAUGCAAAAUUGGAUGGCUUUAAAUAAUUUUAGUUCGCAUCGUUUUGCACUUUUUACUAAUUUCUUAGCUCUUUGCUUCUUCAUGUGACAAUGGAGGGCCCCACAAAUAAAUGAUAUUCAGAUGUGA